AUGGAAUAUUUCGACUUUGAAGGCGCCUCAUCCGCCCACGAGUCAAACCACCAAAGUGACGACGUUGCCUCGGUUGAUCUCGAAUUCGAUGAGCCAGAAGAGCAGACGGACAGAUUCAACUCGCUGCUCCAAGAUCAGAAGGGCCUCCCGCUCGAAUUCCCCAUUGACCCGCCUGUCCCGGAGUCGGCCGAACAGAAUGUCGGAGCUCCUGUUGGGCCCGACCAAGACACCGGAGUCUACCCCAUGUUCCGAGCCCAGGAACCCUGUGACUUUUGCCGCCGCAUGGGCUUUGAUUGCUUCGUUGCCAAACGGGGUGUAAUGCAAAACGGUUAUUGUACCUGCUGCAUCUCUCUUUGGCGCGAGUGCAGUUUCAAGCACACCAGACCCCCCGGCAGAUUCCUCCAGACACUGCACCCAGUGACCGAAAACGCCUACAUCCCAACGGGAAGCUUGACUGGGCUCAGAGCUCUAAAGUCAGUGUCCUACAAUACAUUUGGAGACGACCCCGAUGGUCGAUCCCGCAAGAGUAACGCUCGACUGUCUCGCAAGGCCGUCAACAUUUUGAAGAGUUGGCUUCGUGACCACAACGAUAACCCAUACCCUACCGAACCCGAAAAGGAUGAACUGAAGCAGAGCACCGGCUUGACUCGAACCCAGAUCUCCAACUGGCUUGCUAACGCUCGUCGUCGAGGCAAGGUUCGUCCCACCGGGACCGAGUCGCCCGGUUCGGGACCUGUCAACAUACCCGGCCAACAGCCCAUGGACGUGUCUCUCAUGACUCCCCUGGAACGUUGGAAGUAUUCACCCCCGAAAACGAGCCGGCCACGAUCAGCGAUAUUAACCGUGCCUUGGCCAACCCACCCUUCGAUCCCGCGCGUCAACGUCAGACCCAGUCUGGUCACAUAUACCGCCUCGGGGAGCAGUUUGGAUACUAGCCGGUCUUCACUCUCAGACCUCUCCUUUGCCUCUGCUUUCUCCCAUCGGUCCUCGCUGGGCUCCUUCGGCUCAAUGGAUCGCAAAGAACGUCGUCGUCGACGCAAGACCUCGACGCCGAUCAAUACUUUCAAUCACCAAAAGGCGCGAGCUUCUCGUCCCUUCCAAUGUACCUUCUGCACAGACUCCUUUACUGCCAAAUACGAUUGGCAGCGUCAUGAAAAAUCUAUGCACCUUAUUCUGGACCAAUGGACAUGUUCUCCCCAUGGCGGCGUGACGGAGGAGAAUGGUAUACUUCGUUGUGUCUUCUGCUCUGCAGCUAAUCCAAACCGAGAUCACCUGGAGACACACAACUACAUCAGCUGUCAAGAGAAGUCACCGCAAGAGAGAACCUUUUUCCGAAAGGAUCACCUCAACCAACACCUCCGACUCAUGCACAAUGCCAAGUUCCAACGAUGUAUGGAUAAAUGGCACAGCAGCAUCACAGAAAUCCGAUCUAGAUGCGGAUUCUGUGGCUCUGUCCUUCGAACCUGGAAAGACCGGGUUGAUCACCUUGCUGGCCACUUCAAGAAUGGCGCCAACAUGGCUCAAUGGCAGGGCGACUGGGGAUUCGAGCCGUGGAUCCAAGACCGCGUCGAGAAUGCUAUACCACCUUACAUGAUUGGAUACGAAUCGCGAUCUCUCGACCCCUGGACUACGGUGCGAGCCCAAGGGGAUGACAAUACACCGUCGUUACCCGUCCCGAACGAUGCCAAUUGCUACGAUCGCCUGUCACGCGAACUCACUGCUUACAUCCACAGCCAGACGGCGCAAGGGCUUGUCCCGACAGAUCAGAUGCUACAAGCCGAGGGUCGUCGAGUCAUCUAUGGCAGUGAUGACCCUUGGAACCAAACUUGUGCAGACAACCCUGUCUGGCUGAGUAUCUUGAAACGAGAUACAGGGCUCGAGCCCGCCGCGAGCAAUGAAAACAUACAGUUUUCCGAUUUAGGUCUUCAGCCUCCCUUCGCCGCCAUCAACAGUGGCUUGCGAGGGCCUUCGCACCAAGCCAACCCAUUGGCUAGAGCAGUGUUCCCUGGCGCACUCCCAAGCCCCGCAGUGUCUAGCCCUGGCAUUCGAAGUCCCGCCUACCCUGGAACUGGCCACUCAUCUGCUGCCGCCAGUCGACCGGGAAGUCUAUCCGGGAGCUAUGCUGGAAGUUCAGGGAUGAUCUCAGCCGGGGUUCCAGCAUUUGCCUCUGAUUGGGACAGCAGUCUCACUGGUGGUCAAGCCUCCUCUUCCUCAGCACCUGCAGAUGGAGGGGCACCUGAUCCUCUCGUGCAGAUGGGAUUCGAUCCGGCAUUUCUGCAACGCUUGAAUGACAGCUACAGCGAGCUCACUCCACCGGACAUGGAGAACAUGCCCUUGAGUAAGCCCAAUGAUUAUGAUGGUAGGGGUAAGCAGCCUUGGGUGGACCCGGCGACUCAGUUCCAGACUGGAAUAGUUCCUACCUCAGAUUCGAUCACCAUCUCGGAUUUGAAAAAAGACCAGACCCCUGCAUCGGCCGCGGCCCAGUCUAGUAUGCCUGCAUUUCACGACGAGAACAUGCACUUUUGA